AUGUGCGAUAAACUUAACUGGACCGUUGAUCAAGAAGUUCUAGUUCUCGUUCAAGAUAAAGUCGCUGAUUCGAAAUUCACUUAUGCAAUUAUUGAAGCGUCCGACGCGACGGUUUUAGAAAAAUUGACCGCGUUUGCUUUCGACAUUCUUCAGCCGAAUUCUGAAGCUAUCGUUUACUUUAACGAUGCCGCGGUUGCUUCUAGAAAAUCUCGAAUUGCUGGUUUCAUUGUUGAAAAUGGAGAACUUCCAGUAAUUGCCAAAAAGACGUCGUCAAUGGGCGAAAAAUUUACUUUGAAACUUCCACAAGCCGUUGAUGAAGAUGAACUUAUUGAUGAAGACGCUUUACUAGAAGAUGAUGAUUUUAAGAAACCAACAGAAGCUGAGCUUAAAGCUGGAUGUAAUUCCGAAGAAGGAAAAAAGAAGAGGGCUUGCAAAAACUGCACCUGUGGAUUGGCCGAACAAGAGCAGAAUGAAAAGAUUGCGAACAUUGCGUCUGCUCCAAAAAGCAGUUGUGGAAAUUGUGCUCUUGGAGACGCGUUUCGCUGUGCAACUUGCCCAUAUCUUGGCCAACCGCCCUUCAAACCGGGAGAAACCGUCAAGCUCGCUAAUGUUGAUGAUUUCUAA